AAGUUCAUCUUUCAUUCAGCUGAAGGGCAGCUGUUCAAAUGGCCUCAGAAGGGCAAAGUGAGAAUGCAGAGUGUCUGCUGGAGCCUCAUACAUCUCCCGUUCGGAAUGACAUCGCGUUUCAGUGGGGAGCCAUUCUCGCUGCAGUGAAAGAUCAGCUCCCAUCUCUGGACUCUGACACUUCCACAUCUGAUUGUGAGAGYGAYGAGGAGCUUUUCAUCUUCCAACGAAAACAUCCAAACUUAAUUCCUGACCUGUCAGAAGAACUGAUGGAAUUUUCCUGGGAACACUCGAAUAUGCAGCAAAUACAGGAAACAGCAAGACAUCCRUGGAAGGUCUGGAAUGAAGACCUGGAAAGUUUUGGCUUGCAGAAAGAAACAGAGGGUGUCAAAGUCUCUGCAAAAAAACAUGUGCAAGUGAUUAAAGAUGAAACCUCCAGUCUUGCCAGCYAUAUUGAGGAAAUUCCAGGGCCAAAAAGAACUGUUCUUGAAGAAUCUCUUGCAGAUUCUUUUGCAGAUCAAUUUGAAGAGAAGGAACUGGACAGGAGACAGGAUGGGGAGACAGAGGAAUUUUGGCCUGAUAUAGUGUUCUCUAUGGAAGAGCCAAGCAAUAAAAAAGAGAGAAGAAAAUUGAUAGAGACAAAAAUACUCUCUAAAGUAUUUCUGGAGCCAUCMCCAAGCCACACAGAGCUAAAAGUUGAGCCAGCCUUGGAGGCCACUAGUGUCAUUACAGAACAAACCACUGAGGAGGAAACUUUCUCACAUGAACAUCCUCAAGAACUAAUCCAUUUGUCAUUGAAGGAUAUUGAGAAAUGGGAUCUAGACAAGAUUCUUGAGGAGAUGGAGCAGCAGAAGAGUGAUUGCACCUGCUUAGAGAAAGUUGCCUGCUCUUCAGCACAUCCUGAGACCUUGAGGGCUAGGUCUGAAAAUGAGCUCAUGAAAAAGCUAGAAGAGCUGUGUGCCAGGCAAUCCAAGACAUCUUCUCCAUGCUGCAAGUGGCUGUCAGCCAAGCUCUCCUCUCAAGAACAGCAACAGAAUAAGAAGGAUGUUGCCUUCCUGUUGUCUUCACCAAAUUCUGUAAGGAUGAAYGUGAUGAAAUUACAGCACCCACCAGAGCCUCCAACAGUUUACAUUGAUUUAAGAGAUGCCAAACCACAGAAGUCAGUAUCAUUCCCUGCUGAAAAACAAAGUGAAAGUGACAGCUCCACUGAAGAAGAAGAAGAAACUGUGACAUCUACGGACCAAGCAAAAAGGAUAAUAAAGAAUUGUUCGGGGAAAAGCCUGCUGCUGCAACAACUCCAUGCAGCCCGUAAAGAAGCCUCCAGGCAUCUUUGUAAAACUUCUACACCAGCUCAAAGACUUGAAGGCACAAAACAAGAUMCGGAGGAUUUGGAAGAGACGGGUGCCUUGAAAGUCAGGCGAAAACGGUAUUUUAAAGUGAGACAAGAGACCAGCAAGGUGAUUUCCAGGAGAGAAGAAAGAGAGCUAUCCCAAAAGGAAGUUCAGAUGAAAGAGAAACACAGGAGAAAGAGCUUCCAAGAGCAACUGGAGAGAUAUCAGCCUCAGCUCUCAGUUACUGGAAAGCAGCCCAUGGCAGAGAAAACACCCGUUUUGUUCCACAUGGAAACCUCCUAUUUGCCAGAUAUUGAUACCUUGCCUAGCCCAGGCGCUGUGAGGAAGGAGAUGCUGCUAAUGACAAUUUGGCUGUCGAGUUGUGGCCAGGUAGYUGCACCUGAGCACAGUGAGCAGGUGCCUAACGCGGCGCUGACAGCGGCCAACAUGUUCCAGGCCCUUGUGGCAUGGCUGCUUUCUCUGGUGCCUCCUGUGCAAGCCCAAAGCAGCACCAAGGUCUGGAAGAAUGAAACYAAGGAAGAUUUACUGGAAACAUCCACUCUUUACCAGAAGAUCUCUGCAUUUCUGUCCCAUACGUGGCUUCCAGAUGUUAUCUGGUGGAGUGCAGAGCUGGCCCAUCGCUUCCAAGACCAGCCAUGCCUACUUUCUCCUGAAAUUCCCUCUGUCUUGCUYAGUGACAUCACUGCUGUUAAUCCUGAUCCUCAGGCCGUGGAGAAGGUUUUUGAAGUUCCAGCUGGGUUUUACUGGCAGACAGUAGAAACUACUGAGACCUAUUUCCCCAACAGCAGCACCAUCGAGGCUAGCRGAGAUGCAGACACUGAGGUUGCCAUGGUGCUGCUGUUGGAAACCCUGUUCCGCCGUCCCCUUGCUGUCCAUCACAUGCUGCAGCUGGUCCUCACUGCUGGUUUGGAUAUCUGUGGACUCCGCCUGCUCUAUCCUCAGCAUGAGGUGCUGCUCUCUAGCUCAGAAAAACUGCCUCCUUCCUAUGCUCCAGAGACCGGCAAGAUGCCACCCGUGCUGGCCUUGGGUGCAAGAGGGCCUGAGGCCUGCAGCACCCUGCAGAACAUCAUGGGCCCCUGGGACCCCCAGCUGGCCCAGGUGACAGACGGCGCUUCCAUCAACGGCCUCUACUGCCGAGGCCGAGCGGAGCCUCUCGCCUACCUGCCGUGCCUGGAGAGCCGUGUGCACAGGGAGCUCUGCCUCUGGUUUGGAGGGAGAGCUGCUGCUGCACGGCCUGGUGUCCCCAGCCCGGCUUGUGGCUAUCUCGGAGCAAGACCUCAGAGUUCUUCAUCAGCUGGAGCAGAAGAGGAGGAGGAAAAGGUUCUUCUGCAGGGUCCAUUGCUGUCUCAAGCUCCUGCAACACUCGUUGCAACCACCAAAGGGGACAUCAUUUUGUUGGUGUCACCUGUGGUAUCACCUCAUACCUACGGUACCGUGAUUUCAGCCUGUACUCGUCGGGGGUUUGUUCUGCAAGGAGUCAGACAGCUGCUGCUUUCCCCCAAGCAAGCCCUUGUGCUGAGCAUGACAACAAGUCAGGCUGCUGUAUUUUGCCCCAGCAAGAUUUCAAUUUCAGCUGAUAGCCACUCUGAAGGAGGUGAACUUUGUGCUGAGCCACGCAGGCACUGUCUAAUUUUAUUGCUGAGAAAGGAGAAUGCAAGUCAUCAUGUUCCUGCCUUGCUAAAAGCCCUGACAAAUGAGCUGGUGAAACACGACCUUCUUGGAGAUGGGCAGAGCAGCUCAUGGGCCACUGGGCUGGAGUCUUCCACGUUUUUCCAUGUGGCUCCUUACACUGAGACCUUGCUACAGACACUGGGAGGCAAUCCCAGUGCAGUGCCAGACUGCUGUACCAUUCCUCUGGAUGUUUUGUGCAAUCGAACAUAUGCUUCUGAGCCUGAGAUGGAGCAAGUUGUCAUGCUGACACUGAUCGGAAUGGACGCCAUGAAGAGUGCUGGAGAACUCCUUCAGCAGAUCCUUCUUCCUGAGGGCAAUAAGCAACCUCACAAUGCAGAAGAACCGGAUUCAGGAUUUGAGCUUCUAGGUCUGAAGUGGCUCCCCCACCUCACUCGAAGUCAGGCUAGAGAAAUAACCCCUUUUGAGGUGGGAGAUGUUUCCUGGCAAAGAAGCAUUGAGACACUCAUGUCAAACCCAGUGCUUGUCUGUGCRUUACGACGAAUCAAUGCCAUCAAAGUUCUUGCAGACACGUUGGAGAGGUUACCACCGUGCAGGGAGAAGCUGGGCAAAAGUAACWGUGUUCUACAGAGAGUAAUGGCCUUGACCCCAGAGAUGACAUUCAGACAAGCUGUCCUUUUCUUCACAGAGAGAGAUUUUGUAACUGAUGCAGAACACCGCCCUGCCAUGAAGUACUGCCACCACCUGGCAAGAGGUCUAAGGCUGAAGAUAGGAUCAGAAUGGGUGAGACCUGGAGAUGUCAUGUGGAAUCACUCUUCACCUAUUUGCAAACAGGAGCCCAGGUUCUUUGCACAGUGUUGCUCAUCAAACCUGGUGCCUGGGCCCGCGGCCUUGCUAAGAUCCUCCGACAACUAGACCUAGAAAAAUUCACUGUGGUGGGAAUGAAACACACAAACCUGGAACCAGACGUUGCCUUGG